AUGAAGGCGCGCAUGUUCUUGGCGGACAAGCAUAACUUGUACGCUGAGCAUUUGAAGAAACCCAACGCCACGUACACCGAAUUGGCUGUGUGGGCGAUGGAUGCGUUUAAGUUGAUAUCACCUCCAACCAAAUCAACGGUUGGGAAUACCAGAGGCACGACACGAAGAGCCAACGAAGCGAUCUCAAGUCACGCUGAAUGGACCGAGCCGCUUAAAUUCUCCAAAGGAUGGCUUUACAAGUUUCAACGCAAGCACGGUCUAACCAGCAAGCGACAACACGUCGAAGCAGGAUCAACGCCGCAAGAAGCCGUUGACCAAGGACGCGAAAAAAUGCUGGAGGCAACUACAGGUUACGAGGAUUACCCUCGCCCUCACCACGGGACGCCGACGGCUCGCACCUCGUUGAGCCCCUCGUCAUCGGCAGUGAAGUCCGUCCCCGAUGCUUCAACGGCCCAAACUGCUGAAAAUCUUGGCUUCGACUACACAUCGAGUAAGGAGGCCUGGAUGAAUGGAGCCAUUUUCGACAAGUACAUGCGAUUGUUCAACGCAAGGAUGGAGGCGGCAAACCGACGGGUUUUGCUUCUUGUCGACAACGCGUCGCCGCACAAGGUGAAGGAGGACACCGUCCUAACAAAUGUCAGUUUGAAGAUGCUGCCACCUAACACGACAGCCGCAGUCAAGCAACGCCAGCUUCAGAACGCCCUGGAGCAAAUCGACGCGGUCAUGGCUGGCCGCCAGGAAAAACUGUACGAAGUCCCCCUUGUUGACGCCAUGGCGUGGGCCAAAGAUGCCUGGCACGAUGUCUCGCAAUCCACAAUAGUGAACUGCUUGUCCCGUACUGGGAUCCUACACCGAGAAGCCGGACUGCAGAAUCCCAGGAUUGUUGGCCACGAGUAG